AUGAAGUACUCUUUCGCCACCGUUCUCGCUCUUGCGACCGCCGCUCUCGCCAGGCCCAAGUUCACGAACUCCAACUACGAUGUUGUCGUCGGCGAGCCUUUCACUCUCAGGUGGGACUCUGCCGAGGGCAAUGUCAAGAUUUCGCUCUACAAGGGCACGGCCGGAAAUGAGAACAGCUUCAAGCCCGUCGAGGUCCUUACUACCACCUCCGGCGCUAGCGGCUCCUUCACCUACACUCCCACCGACAGCUUGAACGGCGACUAUGCCUUUGUCAUUGAGGACGAGAGCGAGGACCCCCGCAAUUUCAGCCCAGCUUUCCCUCUUGAGGGUACCGAGGUCGUCACCUCUGCCACCACCUCUGUGACCACCAUCACCAGCACUGCUGAGUCCUCCACCGAGACCUCCACCGAGUCUUCUACUGAGACUGAGACCUCCACCGAGUCCACCACUGCUACCACUCUCGAGACCACCACCACUGCCCCACCCACCAGCACUCGCCGCGCCCAAGAAACCGAGACUGCUCCCCCCAACACCAACAACGGCCAGCGCUUUGCUUCCUCGCUCGCGCUCGUCCUCGGUACUGUUGCCGCCCUUGUCUUCUUUAACUAA